AUGGAUGCACAGGCGGCCCUUGGGUACAAGAUGAAGGAUUUUCACAUGGCAGGAGAUGUCAGGAGACGAAGGUUGAAUAUGAAUAACAUGGGUACUAUCUCAGUUCUCCAAGGUGAAAUAUGUGUUUCGUCAAAGGUUGACUCGGAAAGAACACAGCGAAUAUUUGGGUUCAUCAGAGCAAAGAGUGUGGAGGUGAAUGAAAAGAAGUAG